AUGUCUUUCAAGAAGCAAAGGGAGCAGAUCCAUGCCGAGUUGAUUAAGGACGGCAUUGAGAGCCCACCGCCCAUCCCCGUCAACGACGGAGAGCCUUCCGAAGCUAACGAAGACUUGUUCGACAAGCUUGCUGGAGCUGAAGGUCUGAAGGGGCAAACAGAGAACCAUGAAGCCUGCUUGUGCCUGCCGGGAACACUCCACAAUCCGGAGAGCCAGAAGGCAAUGUCCGCCGAGGCGGAGGAGAGCGAGAAAGGACUCCUCACCUUUCUGGGCACGAAGUGGCACAGGGAGAAUUCGCGUGUCAACUCGCACAUGAACCCACUCUUUGCGACGUACGAGAAAGAGAAGAUGAAGCUGGACAAGCUGUUGGAUGAUUUGCACGCGAAGGCAUCUGUCGCAGAGUCUGCUGCCACGACGCUGAAGGAGUCCUUUCACAAGGCAACGCCGGUAUUCAGUGUCAACUCGAGGCUAAAGUGCCGGACAUUUGUAACGUCCUCAAGCUAUCGAUCGCAACCUGCCCCUCGCCCGAGUCGUGCUGCGGUGGACAGUGCUCUCGUUCACGCAAGUGCAGAGCCGACAUCUGUUUCAUGGCGCUUUUGUUCACUGUGGGUUCUGAAACGGCGACACAUGCUACCGACAGCAAAAACAGCCCUUCACAUCCCUUCACUAUGA